AUGAAUGAGAUGAAAGCCAAUGGCGGCAACGUGAAAGAGGCACGUUUGAUAGACGCUGAUAAAAACCAAGUAACCCCCUUCCCCCUCCACACCCUCGACCACCAAACCCUUUACGCCUGGCACAUCCUCCCCCUGGGCCUCUACGCCCGCCACGAAUCCGCCCUAGCCGCACAAGACCGCUCCGGUGCAACCGGUGCAACCGGCGGCUUUGUGUCAGACAUCACCACCACCCUCAACUUCGCCCUCCUGCGCGACGACCCCGAAGCCCGGCUGGUGCUCUACUUCCACGGCAACGCAGGCCACAUAACGCAAUCCAUCCGCCCGCGCUCCUUCCACGCUCUCACCUCCGUCUCAUCCAAGAUCCACGUGCUGGCGAUUGACUACCGCGGCUUCGGCCUCAGCACGGGCUCGCCGACGGAGGAAGGACUGAUUCUCGAUGCCAGAGCGGCGGUCGAUUGGGCUACCAAGGUUGCCCGCGUCCCCGCGGAAAGGAUCGUUUUGUUGGGGCACAGCUUGGGGACGGCGGUGGCGGCUGCUGCUGCCGAGUAUUACUGUUGUCCUAGAAGUACGCCUGACGCUGGGGCUGGGUGUAGGUCUUCCGACGAUGAAACUGGAGACGACGAAACGAGGGAGACUCGGGAGGGAAGGGGAAGGAGAGAAUAUAAACCGAUGGAGUUUGCCGGCGUCAUCCUCGUAGCCGGCUUCUCCUCUCUCCCCACCAUGCUAUCCGGCUACGCCAUAGCCGGCUGGAUCCCCGUCCUCCGCCCGCUUUCGUUUUGGCCGUGGUUACUCGGGAAAGUCAUGGCCCGCAUCGUCGACAAAUGGCCCAGCGCCGAGCGGCUUACCCGCCUGACAAAGUCCGCGAAGACGGACGGCCGGAGGCUGAAUCUGACGCUGAUUCACGCCAGGAAUGACUGGGACAUUCCGUUUCAUGAGGAUGAUAAGCUUUUCAAGGGGGCGGUGAGGGGACUGGUGGAGGCGGAGCUGGGGAUUGGGAUGGUGUAUGGGGAUGGAAGGGAUGAGCAGGAAUAUGAGGAGCGCGAGAGGGUCAGGGAGGAGGAGGAGAGGGAGGUGGAAAGGUGUGUGGAGAAUCUGUUGGAGAAGGAAAAGGGGAAGAGGACGGUGGAGAGGUGGAUGGGAGAUGGUAGGAAGGAGAGGGACAGGGCGGCUGUGACGACGUGGGGGGAUGAGGGGGUGGUGAUUAGGCAGGAGUUGUGGCCUUAUGGUGGACAUAAUAAUCUCAUGUUUUAUGCGCCGGUGCCGAUGGCUGUUAUGAGGGCGUUCGGGCUUGUUGAGCAGCCUGAGAGCACCCGGGAUAAUGGGACGACGGUACGUCGGACGGAAAGUACUAUGAAUAUUUAA